GCACUCGAUUAAAAUACCUUAAAUAUCUACCUCGAUGAAACAUUACAAACGUAAAUACUAUAACGCUGCAAAUGAUUUUUUGAGCCACUAAACUAUUGAAAUCUAAACUACGAAUAAUCUAAAAUAAUGGGUUCUAAUAGCGAGUUUUUUCAAGGUGGUCAAGUUGGAUUCAAAUUUUUGGGUGUUGAAAAAUUUGCUGACGAUUUAGGAAUUCCUGCUGCACCUUUUCGUUUCAUGAUUGGAAUAGUACUUGGUUUCCCAUUUGGAUUAUUAUAUUUGUUAUUACCUACAAAACAAACAUCCUUAAAGCAUUUUUACAUAUCUUGUGUGGGUUUAUUGAUCUCCUAUUUUUGUUUUGGUUCGGAUUGUAUUUUCAAUGUAAUCAGUGUCCUUGUAUCAUAUGUAUCUUUGAUCUUGUUUGGAGGCACAAUCCAAAAUGUGAUAUUUGCAUUUAUUUUUCAAAUGUCUUACAUGCUUGGUUCAUAUAUAUUUUAUUCAUCAGAUGGCUAUGAUGUUAAGUGGACAACACCCCAAUGUAUCAUGUGCUUGCGAUUAAUAGGUUUAGCAUGGGAUUGUUAUGAUGGUAAACAGAAACAGGAAAAAUUGCGUGAUGACUUAAAAAAAACAUGUUAUUCUGGAACUCCAACAUUUCUUGAGAUAUUUGGUUACUCUUUUUUCUUUGGAGCUUUCAUGGCUGGCCCACAGUUUUCAUUUCAACGCUACACAUCGUUUGUAGAAUGUAAGCUUAUUGAUUCAGAAGGAAUGAAAACAUAUUCUAGAAGGUUUAAAAAAGCAAUAGAAAAGAUGUUUAGUGGCAUUGUUAUACUUGCAAUCUUUGUAAAAUUGGAUCCUCUAUUCUCAGCGGAUUUUAUGUACAAACCUGGUUUUAUGGAAUACUCUUUCAUAAAAAGGUGUACCUACAUGACUUUAUCUUAUCACAUUCAUUUUUGCAAAUAUGUUGCAAUUUGGUACUUAUGUGAAAGUGUGUGCAUGAUAACUGGUUUAAGUUACAAUGGAGUUCAUAAUGGUAAAUCCCAAUGGGAUGGUGUUUGUAACUUUAAAAUGAGAAAGUGUGUUACAGGAGCAUUUUUUCAGGAUAUGCUUGAGUCAUUCAACAUAAACACAAGCCAAUGGGCAGGAAGGUAUGUUUUUAGAAGGCUUAUGUUUUUGGGUAAUAAAAAUUUGUCACACAUUAUCACACUUGCGUUUUUGUCACUUUGGCAUGGUUUUUAUAUUGGCUAUCCUAUUUUGUUUGGCAUUGAGUUUUUGUUGCUGAAAGGGGAAAGGGAGACCUGUGCCAAUCUUAGUAUUAUUUUUAAUACCACAUACAAUAAUCUACCAUUUUUAACAAAGUUAAUGAUCCGUGUGAGUGGGGCUCUGUUUAAAGCAUAUUCUUGUGCAUUCGCUGCUUCUGCGUUUAUGUUGCUAAGAUGGAGAAGAAUAAAAGUUGCUUAUAGUGCAACAUAUUAUUGGUUAAUAGUUGUUUUUAUUUUUUGGUUUGCAAUUUUGAUACCAAUUUUGAAAAUAAUUGCUAAGAAGAGCAAUAAAAAAAGAAUGAACCAAAUAAUUAAUAUGUUAUACAACAGUAGUGGUUCUGUUGGGUUUCAUUUUAUUAAUAUAAGUAAAUUAGCAAGCUAUCUUGGAACAGCAGAAGCUGGAUUACGUUUUUUAAUUGGUUUAUUCAUUGGUUACCCUCUGGCCAUACAAUAUAUACUCAUGUCUAAAAGUUCUGCAAAUGUAAAGCAUGCAUUUUUUGUAAUAUCUGGUUUGCUAAUAAACUACUUUGUGUUUGGAAUAAACAGCAUAUAUACUUUAUUGAGUGUGUUUGCUACAUGGCUUUCUUUUUGUUUAUUUGGUGGUACUAUUAUGAAUGUCAUAAUUGCUAUUUUUUUUCAUACUAUAUAUCUUUCUGUUGGGUAUGCUACAUCUGCAUCAUCAUCUAAUUAUGAUGUCAAAUGGACCACCCCUCAGUGCAUGUUGUGCUUAAGACUGAUUGGACUUGCUUGGGACGUUUAUGAUGGAUUACAAAAUCCAGAAACAUUAAGUGAAGACCAAAAGAAGAACUGUGUGAAAAAUGUACCUACAAUUUUAGAAUUGUUUGGAUUUUCCUACUGUUUUUGUGGAUUUCUCAGUGGACCUCAAUUUUCCUAUAGAAGAUACAUUUCAUUUGUUAAUGAGGAGUUGAUUGACAAAAAUGCAAAGAGAAUUAGAUUCAGGUAUCUAGACAGCAUCAAAAAAAUUUUUGCUGCAUUAAGUGUGAUAGUUUUUCAUCAAAUUAUGGAUCCUUAUUACAGACCAAAUCAGUUAUUUGAAAGCAGUUAUUUUGAAAAGCCAUUUAUGUUGCGUAUCACUGAAAUGUCACUCAUUUACUAUGUGCAGUUUACUCGUUAUGUUAUUGUAUGGUGCAUUAGUGAAAGUGUAUGUAUGGUAAUAGGAAUAAGUUAUAAUGGAAUGGAUGAAAAAGGAAAUGCAAAGUGGAAUGGUGUUCAAAAUUUCAAGUUCAGAAAGUUUGUAUUUGGAGCUUUUUUUCAGGACAUUAUAGAGAGCUUCAAUAUUAGCACAAACUUGUGGUCUGGAAGGUAUAUUUUUCGCCGACUUCGUUUUAUGAGAAAUAAACUUGCUUCACAUGUUUUAACAUUAUUUUUCCUUGCUGUUUGGCAUGGUUUUUACAUAGGAUACUUCAUUAUGUUUGCAAUGGAGUUUUUAAGUGUUAUUAUGGAAAGACAAGUAUGCAGUGUUUUUAAAAAGUUGUGUGGCUAUUCAUAUAAUGAGUUACCAAUUUUAUUAAAAACUGUUGUUCAAUUAUCUGGUGCAAUAAUGAAGUUUUAUAUGUGCGGCUUUUUUGCUAUGUCAUUUAUUUUGCUUAGGUGGAGAAGAAUCAAAGUGGUUUAUGAAGACGUCUAUUAUUGGCCACUUAUAAUUAUUGGUGUAUGGUUUGCAUGUGCACAUCCAAUUUUUUUGGUGUUGUCUAAAAUUAUAAAGAAACAGUUCAAGAAAGAAAAAAAAGAAUGAAUUAGAGUAAAUCUUUGGUAACAGAUCUUUUAGCAAUUGUUAUAAAUUCAUGUCAAGUUUUUAAAAUUUAUAAAUUAUAUAGUUUUGAUAUAAAAAUAAUAAUGAGUUUUAGAUAUUAAAUAUAUAAUCUC